AUGGCCCGCGCCCUGCUCGUCCUCCUGGCUCCGCUGCUGUUGCUAGGCGCUACUGCCCGCGCUGCCUUCCCCCCCACCCUCAUCAUGGACAUGGCCAAGAUCCUGCUGGACAACUACUGCUCGCCGGAGCGGCUACUCGGCAUGGAGGAGGCCAUCGCCGCGGCCUCCAGCAACACGGAGAUCCUGAGCAUCGAGGACCCGGCCGCGCUGUCCCACGUGCUGACGGAGGGCGUGCGGAGCACCAUCGGCGACCCUCGCGUGGCCGUGUCCUACGAGCCCGGCUACAAGCCCCCCCCCGCCGCCGUGGCGACCCCCUCCCUCGCCGAGCUGCCCCCCGAGCAGGUGCUGGCGGUGCUGCAGGGCACGGUGAAGGUGGAGGUGAUGGAGGGUAACCUCGGUUACCUCCGCAUCCAGCACAUCAUCGGCGAGGAGACGGCGCAGCAGGUCGGGCCGUUGUUGAUCGAGCACGUCUGGGACGUGAUCCUGCCCACGGACGCCCUGGUGCUGGACCUGCGUUACACCUCGACGGGCGAGCUGUCCGGAAUCCCGUACAUCGUCUCCUACUUCACCGCCGCCGAGCCGCAGAUCCACAUCGACAGCGUGUACGACCGGCCGUCCGACGCCACCACCGAGCUCGUGUCCAUGCCGACGCUCACGGGGCAGCGCUACGGCACGGUCAAGCCCCUCAUCCUGCUGACCUCGUCCGGCACGCGCGGCAUCGCGGAGGACGUCGCUUACGCGCUCAAGAGCCUCGGACGCGCCACGCUGGUCGGAGAGCGCACAGCGGGGGGGUCGGUCAAGGUGGACAAGAUCAAAGUCGGGGAGACGGACUUCUACGUGACGGUUCCGGUGGCCAAGUCCGUCUCCCCCGUCACGGGCGAGACCUGGGAGGUGGUCGGCGUGGCGCCCGACGUGGAAGUGAUGUCCGAGGACGCUCUCGACGUCGCGUUGCGUAUCGUCCACUUACGCGGUCAGGUGCCCGCGCUCCUGACCGCCGCCGCCGAUCUCGUCGCCGAUAACUACGCGUUCGAGAGCGUCGGGGCCGAUGUGGCCGAGAAGCUGCGAGCGCUGGCCGCCGCGACGAGCGGCGCGGACGACUACGGAAUGGUCAACUCCCUCGAGGAGCUGCAGGCGAAGCUCACGGACGACCUCGUCAAGCUGUCCGGAGACAAAGGCCUCAAGACCACCACCGGAGCCAUGAGUGCGCCGCCGCCACAGAACUAUCCUCCCGAGGUGAUCAUCCAGCUCAUCAAGGUCUCCUUCCACACGGACGUCUUUGAGAACAACGUGGGCUACCUGCGCUUCGACAUGUUCGGAGACUUUGAGCAGGUGAAGGAGAUCGCCCAGGUGAUCGUGGAGCAUGUGUGGAACAAGGUGGUGGACACUGAUGCUAUGAUCGUGGACCUCAGAAACAACGUGGGUGGCCCCACUACCUCCAUCUCAGGCUUCUGCUCGUACUUCUUCGACGCGGAUAAGGAGAUCGUGCUGGACAAACUGUACGACAGACCCACCGGCGUCACACGCGAGCUGGUCACCCUGCCCACACUCACAGGCAAGCGCUACGGCUCUCAGAAGAGUCUCCUGAUCCUGACGAGCGGAGCGACGGCGGGCGCCGCGGAGGAGUUUGUGUACAUCAUGAAGCGCCUGGGCCGCGCCAUGAUCAUCGGAGAGGCCACCGCGGGGGGGUCCCACCCCCCCGAGACCUUCCGCGUGGCCGAGAGCGACCUGUACCUCAGCAUCCCCGUCACCCGCUCCGACGCCAGCGCCGGGCCGGCCUGGGAGGGCGCGGGCAUCGCGCCACACAUCCCCGUGCCCGCCGACGCCGCCCUCGACACCGCCAAGGCCAUCCUCAACAAGCACUUCAGCGGGCAGUAG